CGCCGUACGCAGGACAGGUGUCUCGCUCUCUGCCACAAUAAAUAGCUAUUUACCAGCGAAUGCGGCCUGUGGCUCUAGCCAGGAGGUGUUCUCAAUUUGUCGCCCGGAAUGAGAUUGUCGCCGCUUUCAGUAUUAGAGAAGCGGUCACCUAUGGGCCCACCUGCAAACCGAGGACCUCCACCUAACAGGGGCCCACCUCCCAAUAGAGGGCCUCCUCCGAACAGAGGACCUCCUCCAAAUAGAGGACCACCUAACAAGGGACCUCCACAAAACGAAUAUUAUGAUCAAGGUCCCGUACCUGGAAAUACUGGUAUGCCAAAUUACAACGGUGUGACAGAAGGUUAUCAGAAUCAAAAUCCAAAUCAAGUCACAAAUAAACCACAAGAUAAUGCAAACAAGGAACAAAUUGUUGCCGUACUGCAAGAAUUUUUAGGUGAUCGCUUCAAUGGUGAUGCUACUGGAAAACCACCAAUUACUCCUAGUCAGCACUACCCUCCGAUAUACCAAGCAGUAGCUGUAACUCCAGAAGAAUGAUUUAUAGAUAACCAGUUUACUAUUUCCCGAGUGGUCUCAGAUGAGGACCACUUUAUUUGAAAAUUUUAUGAGAGAAAGAGACUGAAGGAAAUAGAUGAACAUUUCGUAUAUCGUUCUACUGAUCGACUGCCAUUUUAAUAUUGUCAUUACUUUUGUAUUUAAUAUUUUUAUAAUCUAAUUUAAAUUGGCUGGAGUCCAGACUUUAGAAUAUAUUAUUUAUUUAUUUUUGUACAAUGAAUUCUAAAAUUAUAAUAUAGAAAUUG